CUGUGUACCUGGGAGAGGGAGGCACAAGCGAGUAUGCGUAUCUAUAUCAAAGGAGGGUUGUGGACGAAUGCAGAGGACGAGGUGCUCAAGGCGUCCAUUAUGAAGUAUGGACUUCGCAACUGGGCCCGUGUCGCCUCGCUCUUUGUCCGCAAGUCAGCCAAGCAGUGCAAGGCAAGGUGGUAUGAGUGGCUCGACCCUUCCAUCAAGAAGACUCAAUGGUCAAGGGAAGAAGAGGAGAAGCUGCUGUACUUGGCCAAGGCCAUGCCCAUGCAAUGGCGGACCAUUGCACCGCUCGUCGGUCGCACUCCCGCCCAAUGCCUCGAGCACUAUGAACGGCUGCUCUCUCAAGCUGCAGGCGGUGAUGCCUCAGAGCCAGGCUCCGGCAAGGGCGGUGAGCUCGACGACCCGCGGAGGCUCCGCGCUGGCGAAAUCGACCCAAAUCCAGAGUCCAAGCCUGCAAAGCCCGACGCCAUCGACAUGACCGAGGAUGAGAAGGAGAUGCUCCAGGAGGCCCGCGCCCGCCUUGCAAACACCCAGGGCAAGAAGCACCGCCGCCGUGAGCGCGAACGGCUGCAGGCCGAAGCUCGUCGCCUCGCCACCUUGCAGAAGCGCCGCGAGCUCUCGGCAGCCGGCAUCGAGCUCAAGCCCAAGCGCAAGUCGGCGAAGGAGCGUGCCCAGGUCGACUUUAUCAAGGAGAUUCCGUUCCAGCAGCCGGUUCCAGCUGGCCUCUUUGAGGUACCUGCGGCGGAAAAGCCGCGAGCCAACGCCGCCGCGCUGGUCGGCAAGUCGGUCCGCGACAUCGAAGGCCUCACUGCCGAGGAGCGCCAGAUUGAGGACCGCAAGCGCGAGGCCAAGCGCCAGAAGCUCGCCCGUGCCAAGGAUCCCACCGGCGCCCUGCUCAAGAUGGCCAAGAGCAAGGAACUUUCGUCGCGCGGCGCUCGCGCUCCGCUCGUUCUCCCGGCUCCGCAGGUCACCGACGCCGAGCUGGGCGCGCUCGCCAAGCUCGAGUCUGCCACUGCGGCCAAGAUGGCUGCGCUAGGCGCCACCGGCGCCACGCCGUCGGGCCCUGGUGCACUCACCGCCUCGCUGCUGACCAACUACGCGGCCACGCCGGGCGCAGGCUCUGCUACACCGGCUCUCGGCCCAGCUGGGCUCCGCACGCCACGGGUCGGCGUCACCGGCCCACCGGCUCCGCCGACGCCGCACGCCGGCAUGGCGUCGCAAGCUGCCAUCAUGGCUGCGGCCGCUGAGCUCAAGGCCCGGACCGCCGCGACGACGCCGCUGCUCGGUGGCGAGUCGACUCCGAUUCGGCCGACGCUCCCGCUGUCGGUGCCAGCGCCGGCGCCGCGGCCGGCUGCCACGCCUGUGGCGCCGACGCCGCUGCGCGACUCGCUCGCCAUCAACACUGGCGCCACGCCCGCCCACGACGAAGCCGCGCUGCUUGCCGCCGUCGCCGCACAACGCGCCGCGGUGAGGUCGACGCUCCGUGAGCGCCUUGCUGCCCUGCCCAAGCCGUCCAACGCCGAGUUUGAGAUUGUGCUCCCAAGCGACUCUGGCGCUGCUGCCGAGGACGCCUCGCUCGAGAACGCUCCGGCCAAGCUCGGCAGCUCGGCGACCAUUGUCGACCGCGCCGAGCGUGAGGCCGCAGCCGCUGCUGCUGCUGCCGCCGCCGCCGCUGACGCCGCCGCUCUCCGCUCCGCGCCGGUCAAGAAGGGUCUGCCGCGCCCACCUGCCGCCGCUGCAUCCGUCCUCACCCACCCGAGCGAGAACGUGUACCCAAGGGCGUCACCGCUUGCUGCCGCCGAGAACCUCAUUCUCGCCGAGGCCGCCCGCCUCGUCGCGCAUGAUGCUGUCCACCACCCGGUCACCCGCAAGGGCAAGGUUAAGAGCGGGAGUGACGCCGCGGCGCCGCCCAACACCGACAUGGCGCUUGCCGACCUCAUGAGCGCCAUGGAGCUCAUCGAUGCUGAGGCAUACGCCGCUGUUCCGCGCGCGGCUGUCGACGCGGCUGCGGCCGUCGACGCCGCCGCCGCCAUCCCGCGGCUGGCCGAGACCUCGCUCGACGUCGAGUCGAGCAAGGCUCUGCUCUCGCACUACCGCGAAGCUGUGCGCAAGGCGUCGAAGAAGGCCGUCAAGGCCGAGACCAAGGUCACCACCCUUGUCGGUGGGUACAUGGACCGGUGCGCCAAGCUCGACGCACAAAUCGCAGCGCUUGGCGAGUCGAUUGUGACCGCCAUGACCCAGCUGGAGUGCCACCAGGCGCUGGCGACCGACGAGCAGCUCGGCCUCACCUCUCGCAUCAGCAGCUACACCGAGCUUGUGGCGCAGCAAGGCGCCCGCGAAGCCGAGCUUCAGACCCAGUUUGGCGCCCUCUCCCGCCUCGCCUCUGCCCGACCUCAGGCCGUGCAAGGCGCUUCACACUCUGUCCUCAACACCACCGGAUGGCAAGAGGUGCUGGAUGGUCCUGCCUCGCAACAGGCUACUCUCAAGGGCAUGCGCGGCACGUAUGUGGCGUACACCGAGCUGGCCGCAACUCGCGGUUUUGGUCAGUUUCUGGCAAAUGUGGCACAUGACGACGGAUGGCUCUUGCCAGCCGUGCCAAGCAACGCGUCGUACGGUGGACUGCUCAACAGCCACAAUGCGCUCGCGCUCAAUCUGCUUGUUCAUCAUCCGUGCAAGCACGAUCUGAUUGGCGCCUGCGCGCCGCUCACCUCGGUCGCCGAUCUGGGCUCGCUCUUUGUCUCGCCGCGCAAGCUCGUCGCCGGCAUGGUUGCCGGUACUCGUGUCUCGCUCUCACAGAUUGAGGCCAUGCUGGCGGCUCGUCCGGGACCAGAUCCGGCUCGUCCAGUGCCUGACGCGCGGAGGCACGCGGCGCUGGUGACCGGCGCAGUCUCGGCGCCAGAUUUGAUGGCGACCGCGUUUGCGGUCAACGACGACGGCUCGGCGCUCGACUCCCAGCUGGACGACGCUGUCCGCUUGCUGCUGAGCAAUCCGACCAAAGGCUUGCAUCUCAAUCGCCAGGCGAUGGCGCUGACGCUCUCGCCGAUUUUCAAGUGGAACUCCGCCGAGUUUGAGGCGGCAGCAGGCGGCUCGGUUCUCGACUUUGUCAUCCCGUACCUGGCCGACCUCGACAUGGAUGCAGCAGUGUUUGUUGCCGAACACGCGAGCGAGCUGCGAGUCAACUACUUUCGCUACGAGCCACAUGUCAACGGCAACGUGGGAGGGCUCUGCUCGCUCAAGCGAUCGCGACCGUGCUACGGCUAUGUGGCGCUGUUUGCCACGCUCGGUGGGAUGCUGGCUGCGUUUGGGGUUGCGGCCGCGAUGAUGCUCGCUGCCCGGCGCGAGCGAUGCUGCUGGCGCAAGCCGAGCCGGACCUUUGCCUCGGGCUACCGCGCCAUCCAGUAGUGGCAGGCUCCUUUUACAUGAUCAAG